AUGCAAAGCAAUUCAGCAUGCAGUCCUUUGGAUUUUGUCCCUUGGUUGUUUCGACCCACCCAGGGAAACCAACCCAAUCUGAGGCACAGUGGCUAUUUCGACAUCCUUGGUCAAGCCUUGAAAAGGGCCGGCUACACUGCAGUGGCUUACGAUCAGGUGGGCUGUGGAUAUUCCCAGGGCGAUCCCGGAUACAUCGAGCGCUACAGCUUCGUGGUGGACGACCUGCAAAAGAGAGCUGAGGAGCACCUGCGCUACCCUAAGCGCGAAAGCCAAGUGCCACGGGUCCAGUGCAAACUCUUCAUCUUAGGGGAAUCUGCUGGAGCCCUGCUGGCACUUCGACAUGGCAUUGGUCGGUCACACUUCUUCCCACGGCUGCCGCUGCCUGGGGUGGACGUGGUUUCCACCUUUGAUGCAGCCUUCGGCGAGCCACGCUGGGCAGCCGCCGGGAAGGCAGAUCCCAUCGUACGUCGAGUGUUGGACGCGAAGUUUCACGUGAGGACUGGAGCGGAAACCUUGAAUGCCGUGGAUUUCGUGAACGACCCCUCCAAGCAGCGGUUGCUGAAGUCCCCGCUGGCCAUUAUUGUUGGUGAAAAGGAGCAACGUGUGGACGUGGGUGCAAUUUUCGAGUUUUAUUUGGCGGCUGGAUCCAUAGAUAAGCAAUUGAAGGUCAUCCCUGGAGCCUGCCAUCAGCUCUUUCAGGACAAAGCGGACAUCACUCGACAAGCAGUUCAGGAAGUCAUUGCUUGGUUGGGUGCACAUUCCUGACAGCUGCGUUUGAAUAAGACAGUGCCAUUAUGUUUUCCCGUCAAGAUGACGGCAAGGAUCUAGUCACUUUGAGUAGACAUUCGUAGAUGAUAGAAGGCAGAAAAACAUCGGCCAG